AUGCCGCAACAGCUCAUCUGCUCCACUCCUUGCUCGUCCAGGUCAGUUGCAGCAGAAUACGAGUCGAGCAACCAAAAAAUGGCUGCCACCUCGCUGCAUAUUUGCCUCCUCCUCUUUCACGUCCUUCUCGCCACCGCGGGAAAAUCUUCCGCAACUGCCGUUUGCUCUUCCACUGACCGAGGAGCGCUUCUGGAGUUCCGAUCAUCCCUCUCCGAUCCCUACAUUGGUGUCUUCUCCUCCUGGACUGGCGACGAUUGCUGCAACAACUGGUUCGGCGUAGCUUGCGAUCCGGAAACCGGUAGGGUCUCCGAUCUCACCCUCCGCGGCGAAUCUGAAGACCCGAUUCUCACCCGCGCCGGCCGAUCUGGCCUCAUGACUGGCCGAAUCUCGCCGGCGAUCUGCCGCCUCGACCACCUCUCAACCCUAAUCAUCGCUGAUUGGAAACAGAUCACCGGCUCCAUUCCUUCCUGCAUCACCUCCCUCUCCGCCCUUCGUAUCCUUGACCUCGUCGGAAACCGUCUCUCCGGUUCCCUUCCCCAUGAUAUCGGAAAACUUUCUCACCUCACCGUCCUUAACAUCGCGGACAACCAAAUCUCCGGCUCCAUUCCCAACUCCCUAACCCAGAUAACCGGACUGAUGCAUCUAAACCUCGCCAACAACCAAAUAUCAGGUCCCCUGCCGUACAAUUUUCCCAAUCUGAAUAUGCUCAGCCGCGCCCUCCUCGGCCGGAACCAGAUCUCUGGUGAAAUCCCAGCCUCUAUCGGCUUCAUGAACCGCCUCUCCGACCUAGAUCUCGCUGAAAACCGUCUUUCCGGCUCGAUCCCUGCUUCUCUAGGAUCAAUGUCAGUACUUUCCUCACUCUACCUAGACAGCAACCACCUCUCCGGCGGGAUUCCGGCGAUGCUUUUGGGAAGUAAAGGCUUGGGUAUUCUAAACCUAAGCAGAAACGUGCUUGAUGGAAAGAUUCCAGAUGCCUUCACCUCGAGAUCGUACUUUACGUCGCUGGAUCUCUCGUUCAAUAAGCUUCAGGGGGAAGUACCUAAGACGCUGCUCACAGCAGAGUACAUUGGGCACAUUGAUCUCAGCCAUAACCACCUAUGCGGCAGGAUUCCGGCCGGGUCGCCGUUCGAUCACCUGGAUGCGGCGUCGUUCGCUAACAACGACUGCCUCUGCAGCUGGCCUUUGAAGUCGUGCCAGUGA